AUGCACCCACUCACUCCCAGCCAACCCGCCGCCAUCUGCCUCUACAAAGCAGUUGCUGCAGCCCCUAACACACUCAUGGGAUGAGUCUCACAGCCAUGCAGGCUGGGCUGCACAGGCAGGCCACCCCUCCUCUCCCUCCCCUACCUAGCUAGGUGCGGGGCCUGCCUCUGUCUCGGCGAGUGGCCUCCAUAUCUUCAAACUACGAUCGUUGGAGGCCGACACAAAGAACCGGUCGCAGGCUAUCAGCUGGUUCACCGAGCCAGCAGAGUGCCUGCAUCGUAGAUGUGUCAACACAUCAAUCCACCUAUAGCUAUGCGCGUGUGUCUUGUCUGUCUGUCUUGUGUCAAGCCACCGCACCUUAGGUGUGGUUCGAGUGGUUUGAGUGAGAGCCUUGCGGCAUUGCCGGACGGGCCGGGCUGCGUCUCGGCCUGCGAUGACGACUGAUUCCACCCAUACUGCCAGCACUUGAUGUACCCAUCCCUGCAGGCACACCAACACACCACACACGGAAAGAGACACAUAGAUGGAUGGAUGGUCAUUUUUCUUUCUCUCUCUGGGUGAGCUGAAUGGAAUGCGUGCCUGUCGGAUGAGAGCAGGAGGGAUCUGCCCGGUAUCCUUGCGAACGACGACAGGCAGCUGGUGUGCGCGUUGAGGUAGCAGCAGUCCUGGCUGGGCACCGACUCGCCCCCCUGGCCGCUGCCCCCGCCCAGCGACUGCCGCGUCUCCCGCGAGCAGUACCACGAGCGGAUGUGCUUGUCCUUCCCACCAGACGCCACAAACACCCCGCCCCUCGGCGGCCUCUCCCUCUCGCCAUCCCCACCAUCCCCACCCUCUCUGCCGGCCGCCGCAGAUGACGGUUCUGCCUCUGAACCUUCUGAGGAUGCAGCAGGCGGCACGACGGCCAUGUCGUCAGUGGGCAGCAUGCCCAGACACAUGACACUGUCGUAGUGGGGCGGCUGGAGGGACACCCAGCUUUCGGACCACAGGCGCACCGUGUGGUUGCGGCCAGCUGUGACCAGCCCUCGGCAUAUGCGCCGGUUGCGCGUGUCGGCCGGGCUAGGGCUUGCUGUUGAGUGUGGGGUGGCGCUGCUGCUGGUGUCUGAGGGCGGGCUCAUGCUGCUGUCACGGCUGGGGGUGUGGUCUGGGAGGGGGACGGAGGAGGGGGGCUGCUCGGGUGACUCGGUGUCUGGUACGAUCCAUGGGAGAUAGGCCAAAGCCAGCUGCUCGUUCUUGCCUGAUGUGCGCAGCGCAGAUAGAUCAUUUCAGGUCGUGUAGGUCUGACUCACUCAUCCAUCCAUCGAUUGCAUUGCUGUGCUGUGCUGGGCUGCCUGCCUGCCUCACUGCCUGACUGACUGACCGCUUUGUGUGGACAUCCGCAGGACGUAGGUCUGUUUGGUUUGGUUGCGGAUAUCAAAGAGCCUGAUAUACCCAUCAUGACAGCUGGCUGCCACGUACAUUCCGAGCUGGCUGCCGCUCUCCGUGGCCGGGUUGAGGAGACACAGCGUCUGCACACUCGUGGGCGCCUUCUCGCCACAGUACCACACCAACACGGGGUCGCUCGGGGCUGCACGAUUACACAUACAUGCAUGCAAUCAAUGCAGACGGGAGGGAGAAUCAGUGGACUGUGGCAUCACCUCGGAUGUCGAAGACUUUGACGAAUGAGCCGAUGGCGGCGACGAGCAGCUUGCCGUUCUCAGCAGGCUUCAGACACCGCACAAACGGCUGCGAACUCUUCUCGAUGCUCCUGCAAACACAACACAGCACAGCACAGCAUUGAGGUGGAGGUGCUUCUGUGCUGUGCUGUGCUGUGGUGUGGUUUAGUGUUGUGCCGGUCACCCUCUAAAGGUGUAUUCCCAUGUGGGCUCUUCCAUCGCAGUGCUCAUGUCCCACUGCCUGUGUAGAGUGAGUGCAUCGGCAUGUGUCUUUGCGAGGCAUCCGUGUGUCUCUCUCACUUGACGCAGUUGAGCGAGCCCGAAAAUAUGGACGACGGCAUCGAGAGAGACGUGUUGCCGCCGAACUCGUGAUCCGUGUCGAAGCAGAUGCUGAAUAACAUAACGACCACACACAGACACAGACACAGACACGGAUGAGAGGACACCUGCAGACAGACACCAGAACGGCCCGCCCCUUGCGCACCUGAGCACGUGGUACUCGUGCGCCUGCGGUCGCUUUAUGAUCAUUUCAAAGUGCGGCGAUCUCGAUAUCUCCUCCUCGACAGUCGAGUACGCCGCAGCAGCCGAUGCGGGCCGCGGGGCAGGUGGGAAGAGGCCGCUCCGCGUCUUGACGAAGUGCAUGCCAUACGAGCUCGACAGAUCUCUGCUGUGCUUCUCCUCGGGGGCCGCCUGUGUGCUGGCCGGUGGUGCCUCCUCGUCGCCCCACUUUCUGGCCGCCCCGCCGACCUCCGUCAGCCCCUUGGUGAGCCGCUGAAAGACGUUGAUGGAGGAGGGCUUCCUGUCGUCACCUUCACCACCGGGCUGCUGCGAUCUGUCGUCCACUUUCUUCUUCCCUCUGGAUGGAGCGGGGAUGGCCGAUGGGGGGCCUUUGGCUGGUCGUGCCCUGCCGCCGUGUUGUCUCCUGAGGCUGUCGAGGGAGUCUGUGGAUGCAUGGUGGUGGCCAGAGCGGCUGACGGCCGGGACGGGAGUGGACGAGCGGAUGGCUGGCCGCGGUCUGGCAGGAGCGACAAUCGAAGGAUGAGGAAUGUGUGUUGCCUUGUGUUAUAGUGUGCACACGCCAACUCACCUUCUGUGCAUUUCUUGUGGGUCCUGCGCCUCGCCAGAGCGCCUGAGCUUGCUGUCCUUCCUGCCAGUGGGCGGCAACCCCGUCGCCGACCCCUUCUUGGCCUCACUCGGCUCAUUCAGGUUAGGAUCAGACAGCGACCGCCUGGCCAUCCUGAGGUUGCGUCUCUCCUCCCAUGGCCCAUCAUCCCCCUCUCCCUCGACCGUCGGCGUGGCUGCCGCUUCCUCCUCCCCCCGCUGCGAGGUGUCCUGAGACCGGGCCGUCUCAUAAGACCUGACAGCCCCACUCCUCUGCUUUCCGCCCUUGCCGUCGCCGUCAUCGUACGCAGCCGACAGCGACACAGGCUCGUCUUUCCUCUCCGACGCCUGUGAGGACCCCAGUGCAGGCGUGGCGAACGACGACUGGCGGGAUGCUGAGGUGUCGUCGGCCGUCUGCGCCUCCUGCUGCCAUGGGGAGAUGGAUCUUGGCGGGGAUGAGGGGUUGAUGCCCGUGAAGCCCUUGCGGAAGGGGUAGUGGGCCUUGCCUGGGGGGGAGGCGGACGUGGCACUGCCGCCGGGCACCUGCAGGGCGCGCAUCUUCUUCUUGUAGGCUUCGCGCUCCUUCUCGCGGGCGGCCUGCUCGGCCUCCAGCUGGGCUCUGAGGAGUAAAUGGAUGAGAGACGCACGAGAAUGGAUGACAGGGAGGGUGUCCGUGGUUGGGUUGUGCUCUGUGUGUACCUGAGCUGCCGGAUGUCCUCUUCCCUCUGUGCGAGCUGCAUGUCCAUCUCCUCCUUCUCGGCACGGUAGUUCUCCUCAUUCAGCGUCAGCUCCUCUAUCCGCUGACUGCAGCCACACAUCACACACACACACACACACAAAUGUACACAUCGACGUCUCCUCCCUGGCGAGGCUCACUUACCGCUGCAGUUCGAUUUGUUCGAACUGGAAUUGCGCCCUCUCCUUCAGUUCCUCUAUCUCCUCUGUCGAGGCAUUCACCACCUCCUGAUACUCAUCGGCUUCCUCAGCCUCCUCCUCGUCCUCAGGCGACCUAGGUAGCGGCGCAGGUGGCGUCCCAGACACCUCAGAGGGGUUGGGGGUCUCGUCGCCGCCCGCAGCAGAAGGCAGAUCCGGCUUGGCCGACACCGACACGGGAGAGAGGAACACCUCACCCUCUUUCUUGUUGGCCGUCUCGACCGUCGGUGGCGGCUUUGGCUCGGCUGCUGCCUCUGCUGCCUCCUCUGCUGCUGGUGCCUCGGCCUCGGCUUCGCCCUCUUCCUUCUUGGCGGCCUCUUCGAUGAUGCGGCUGAAUGGUCGGUCCUCCCUCUUGCCGCCCUUGCGCUUGUCGGGGGAUGCAUUGGGGGUCUCGCUCUCGUUGCUGGUCUCCCGACGGACAAAUUUGCGGGCGGAGGGGGGCGGGGCCUUGCCGCUGAGCGCACCGGGAAACAGGACGCGGCCUCGCCUCGCCAGCCACCGCCGCUUGGGCAAAGCGGGUGUGCGGUUGUCGGGCUUGCCUGUGACGGUCGAGGGUCCGGUGGAGUCUGGCAUGGGUGACGCGUUGCGUCUGAGGGCCCAGUCCAUGAGAAGCAGCUUGUCCUCGUUGAAUUUCUUCUGCAGGUCGAGGUGCUGUCGCUGGUUCUCGAUCUUGAGCACCUCGUUGGCCUUCUUGAGCUCGCCGAGCAGCGUCUGGAUCUCUUGGUUCUCGCCCUCGAGCUCGAUGACGCGGUUGGUGGCGCCGCGCUCCUCAAGACGCGAAUCCAGCAGCUCCUCCAGGAAGAUCUGAGCAACGGUCGUGAUGGCCGUGCGUGGGAGUGAUUGAUGUGAUGCCCGUCAUUCAUCUGACCUUGGCGAAGAAGUCCAUGUUCUGCUGGAAGGUCUUGAGAAUGUCCUCCUCGCUCAGGUGCGCAUUCCGCAACUCAUCCUGCAUCGCACACACAGAGGGAGGGAAAGAGGGGAGACACACGCGCUGGUUGGCGGUUUGUGAGAGGUUGACAGGUGUGUGUGUUGGGCUUGCCUUUUGCUUUCUGAUCAUUUUGCGUUUGUAGCUGAGUUCCUCGGUGUAUGUGUCGAGCUGGUCCUUGGCGUCGUUCCACUGACGCCACAUGACCUCCAUGCGAGACUCAGUGCCACUGCGCACAAUAGCAAGCGCAUCAACACAUUGGUCUCAUUUGUUCCGCUUGUGUGUGCGAGUGUCUCACCCGUGCAUCUGCAGUGACAGCUCCACGGUGCGAAGGUGCUUCUGCUGCUCACACAUCUGACGAUCACACACGCGCAGACCACUACACUCACUCACUCACUCACUCGUGCGGUGUUCCUUCCGACUGCUCGCCUCCCUCUUUGUAUACCUACCUGGUCGGCGAGCUCCUCCUCUUCCUUUUUGAGUUGCGCCAGCUGCUGCUCAAUGGCCCGCCACUUGACCUUGCCCUCGAUGACGCUCCGCAGCCACGCUUUCAUCUCCUUCGUGAACCCAUCCUCGAUGUCGUCCUUGUCGGCCUUGUCGUCGCCCCGCUUGGACUUGGUCGACGGCAGCGCGCCACUCUGCGACCGUAGGAUGUUGCUUGUACCUGUGCUGCCCGUGGUGGUGCUUGUUAUGCCUGGCUGCUGCUGCUGCUGCUGCUGUGUCGGUGAGGCACUGACGAUUGACUGCUGCUUGUGUCUCCUGGCACCGAUGCGCCGCUCCUGCAUGAGUUCCAUGACGCGCAUGCGGCGCGAGAGCUCCUCGUUCUUCUUGCGGAGGGUGAGGACGUGCUGCCUGUCGCGGUCUUCGCGGCGCUGGUGCUCGGCCCGCUGGCGCUGCUCCCGCCGCUUGAGCUGCGAGAUCGUCUGCUCCUUCUUCUGCAAUAUGUCACGGUGUCUGACAGGUGGAAAGGCACACCAACCAUGACACAAACAUGAGACAGAGAGAGAGAGAUGGAUUGGUGGCUCACUUGCGCUCUUGUUCCUGCAGUCUUUUGGCGGUUUUGGCCCUCUCCUGUUUGAGUUUGGUGAGGUCGUUGGAGAGCUUGGCGAUCUGCCCGUCGCUCUCGGCCUUCUUGCGGUGCAUGCUGUCGCGCUCACGCUGCAACUGGGCUAUCUGACGACGGUAAUCGUCAACCUAAAUGAGAGAUCAGCGACACGGGCACACACUGAUGGGUUGGAUGGCGCAUGUCAGUGCAGCUGCUGACUGACCUUUCUCAUGGUCUGCUGGAAGGACACCUCGAUUUUCUUGAGCUCUGUUUGGUCCUUCUCGCGGUUGGUCUUUUUGAGUUUGUCCAUCUUGGCCUUCAUCUCCUCCCUCUGGUACUCCAUCUCGCGCAGCUGCGUCUGCAGGUCCGUGAUCUGACUCACCAAACCGCUGAACAACAAAUCCCAAUUCUUGUUCUCGGCCUUGUAACCCUGCACACAUACACACACACACACACACACACACAAAGAGAGGCAUGUGUUGUGUGCUUGGUUGUCGUGUGGGUUUGUGUGCGUGCCUGCAGGAGGGUUUCGUUUUGUCCGAUGGAGUUGUCGAGGUGCCUCAGGUUGUCCCGCAGGUAUGCCUCCUCAGCCAACGCAUCAGAACAACCCUGAACAAAGCCAACGAACACACAGCACCCCACAUUUAUCCAUCCGCCCUGCCGUUCACACGUGCGAAUGUGAAUCUACGUACCUCAAGUAUGCCCAGCGCAGCACUCUGUUCCUCAGGCGGCGCGUUGAGUAUGUCAUCGACCUCAUCCUGGCUGAGCCCCAGUGCCUCCAGCUUGGACAUGUCCACCGUGGACCGCCGCUCCGCCUCCGCCAUCUUGGCCGCCGCCGCAGCACCACCACCGACCUCACCCUCAAUGGCAGUGUCGUCCUCAUCUUUGUCGUCUCCCUUCUCCUCAUCCCCACCACCAGCUGCAGUAGCAUCGUCCUGCGGCUGCUGCUCGAGGGGGUUAGGGGGGAAGGACGACGAGCGGGGCACGUGAUGAAUGACGGGCUUGGCGGGGCCGGUGAGGGUGGUGUCGUCUUUCUGUGCGGUGUCUGCUGGGUCUGGGGCGGACUUCUUGCUGGCGAGUGUCGUCUUGAAGAGUGCCAGGCGGCGCUUGUACUCGGCCAGCUCAGUCUGCAGGUUGUCAGCGGUGCUGCUCUUGUCCGCCAGCUGACGGUGGGCGUCGUCCAGCCGGUGCUGCGUGCUGUCCAGACGAGAGCGAAGAUCCUGCACCUGAUACUCGAGAGCCUGAUGGUGACAAUGUAUCCACACACAGCCAUGGAGACCAUGUUGCCGCCAAUCGUGAUACUGACUCACCCUCUUCUGCUCCAUUAGAGCGUGUACGUCCUCUAGGCCCCUCUUGAGUGUGUUCUCCUUGUCUGCGAUGACCUCAUCCGGCACCUGCAUGCCCCGCUCCUCCACCCACUCACGCAGCGCCUCCAACUGGGCCGCCACCGCACCCCGCCCCCUCUCGGCCGCACUCCUGUCGUCCUCAGCCCGCCGCAGCUGACCCGUCAUGGCUUUCAUGCGAUCCUCCAGCUCACUCAGCGUCAUGCCGGACGGCCCCCGCGCCUCCCCGUACUCGACGCCCGGCUCUUCUGGGAGGCCGCUGAGGCGUCUCUUGGCGUCUGCUCGUCUGCAGAGCAUCAGCUGGUUGGUGAGCUGGAGUAUCUGCUGCCUGUAGCCCUCGAUGAGGGCGGCCGUGGGGUCGCGGUUGAUGACCGGCGUGUUCUUGAUGUUGCGGGCGCGCGAGGCGUACUUGAUGGUGUUGUACGUCUCGGCGAAGUCCGCCUGGGAACCCGACACACACGCGAUCAUCACUGUCUUGCUGUUGCCACCCAACGAGUCCUGCAGACACAACAAACAGCCUGCCGAGUGUCAGGACGGCCCAUCGGUCAGCGUGUCAGUCACCUGGAGGAUGCGCGUGAGUUUGGAGUCUCUGUAGGGCACAUGGUGGUGCGCCCCAUCGGCACUGGGCUCCUCAGUGAGGGCGCAGAUGACGUUGCCCAGUGCGAGCAGCCCCGCGUUGAUGUGGAUGCCCUCCUUGAGCCGCCCGCCCGUCGCCUGCGUCCUCUUGACGCGCUCGGACCCAGCCAAAUCGACAAAGUGGAACUUGGACACUGAGGACACACGCCGAGAGAGUGCAUGUGUAUACCACACGACAACAUCGAUUGCUCUCCUCACUUCUGAAGUCAAAUAUGGUUGGGUCUUCGGGUCCGGGAGGUGGUGGCGGCAUGCCGUCGGCCUCGAUGCCCUCCGCUGCCUCUCCCUGCCCCUCCAUGUCAGCGUCGUUAUCCUUCUUGGCCUUCUUGGUGGGCGGGUACGCUGCCUUGGACUUCUGCGUGAUGCUGAUCGUGAAGAUGGCAUGGGAGCGGGACGACACGGCAUUCAUCUGGGUGGCACCUGAAACGAAUAUGAAGGCAGACAAUGCAGGACAGGACGAUGUGGUGUCUCAUUCUCUCGAUAUGGGCAUUUGGGGCUACAAUGGAUGCCAUGCCCACCAGUGCUCCUGCAGACGCAUCCCCGGUCGAGGCAGGCGAGGAGGUCCUCAGCACGCUCGGCCUGAUAUACAGAUGUCAUGUAUGUGUCAACAGCAUCUCGGUCCUGUCCCCAUGUCGUGUUGCGCACCGGCAGUGUUGUGGCCCCGACAACCAUGAUUUGGUGCGUCUGGGGGUCCUCAGAGAUGCGGAUCGACUUGCUGAAUCACACAGCAAUGCACACGCACAGAAGCGGACAAAUGUCGCAUCUGCAGCGGCUUGUGGAUGCAUUUCUGAUGUUUACUCACGCCGUGUCCUUAAGGGCGCUCCGACCGAAGGCAGCCGUCCCACUGCACAACAAGCGAGAGACAUGCAGCGGGCAUUCACCCACCCAUCAUGGAAGGAUCUAUCGCAUCCACCCACACUCGUCUUGCCUCGAGGCUGGGUUGGUGGAUGCGGCGGCGGAUGUGAGCGGGUUGGUGACGGUCUCAGGGUCGAGGAGGUCCCUAAUCUCCUCGUUGUAUAUUUCGAGGAAGCUGCAGGUAACGGAGAAGUCCAGCUCAUCCCUCUUGCGCACAAUCUCCUCGUACACCUUUGUCAACACACAACACAAAGGGGGAUGUGUGUGGGCAGGGCAGACAUGGAUGGAUGCGCACGUUGGUCACCUCACCCUGAAUAUAACCCUGGGGAUGAUGCCGACCUCCAGCCCAUCGUGGCGGAUGUAACUCGCGCUGCCAACACGAACAAGACAUGACGUCUCGUCUCGACCGCUGCGCUGCCGAUCGUGUCGUGUUUGUUUUUGUCCUUCCUUCCCGCCCGCCCACCUGCCCAUGGUGUACGUCUUGCCGCUGCCCGUCUGCCCAUACGCCAACACAGUGGCAUUGUACCCUGCAUGACAUGACAUACAGAGAGAGAGAGAGAGAGAUGGAUGGAUGGGCAGAUACAUACAUUGGUUGAAUUCGUUCCUCCCACCUUCGAAUAUUGACUGGACGAGUGGCUCUACACAUGACUCGUAGACCUCCUUCUGCAGGCUGGUGGGCCCCAGUACCUUGUCAAACUGAUAGCUCUUCUCCUGACCCGGCAACACUACCACAUUCCGCAGCGCUGAUCGACACACCACACACAAUGCAUGGAAGGAGGCAGAGAGAGGGGGAAGCCAUUCAUGGGCGCGUGUGUUCGUCCGUCCCUUGUCGUGUGCAUGUGUGUGGCUGCACUCACUGUCGCAUUCGAGGCAGUACGUGUUGUCGAGCAGCUUCUCCUGCGCAAACAGAGGCCGCACACGAAUCGCUACCUGAACACAACACAAACCAAGCGAAGAAGAGAAGCGCACCAAAUCAUUGAUGGGCCCGUGAGUCCGUGUGCCUGGCACUGCCCCUCACCUUGCAGUUGUUGGUGCUGUCCUUCUCCUUAUCCUCAGCCCACAUCGGCCGCACUCAGUCCAACGCGAUGAGCAAACGUAUGAGCAAUCUAUGAAAACACCAUCGGACGGGCCGCAAUGCCAUGCGAUGGGUCCCUGGCCUUCCCUCAGGCUUCGGGUGCCGCGCUGCAAUGCAAACCCCAGAGGAGAUCUAUGAAAUUCACACGCCGCCCUCAAGAGAAAGGGGCCCGCUGAAUGGACGGUCUCAGAGCUGAAAGCAAUUGCUCGAAAGCGGACAGCAGCGAUUGGAUGAAGACCUUUCCAAAGCACUAGACGAGGCGACUCUUUCCG